AUGCGACUUUGCCUAUUCUUUUUAUUUGUUGGUUUAUCAUCAACAUAUGAACAUUGGUUUGUUUUUGAUCAAUAUCAAUUUCCAGGAUUUUAUACACCAUUAUUUACAUUAAUUUCUUCAUCAAAUAAUAAAAUAGGUCAACAAGAAAAAAAUCUUUCAUUUGCAUUGUCGACUUAUGAACGUUCGAUUAGUAUUGUUCUUAAUAUUGGUAGUUCAGAUAAAACAAUAAGACGAGAUGAACAAUUUAUUAAAUUAAAUAUUGAACGUGCUGAUUUAUUAUAUAAUUCAUUAAAUCAUUUAAUUUUUAUUGGUCUACGACAAGGAACGAAACUUGAAACAUAUGUUAAUUGUAAAUUAAUUGAUUCAUAUUUACUUUAUUCAUCGUAUCAAAUCAAUGAAGAUGAUAAGGAUGAUGAAAGUUCAUCGUUUAAAAUUGUAAAUUUAGCAAAUGGUAUUAAACAUUUUGAAAAUAAAACAGAUGAACAUUAUCUUCAACAAAUAUUUGACAACUUUGGUUGUAAACAAUCGGGUACAACUAUUACUACGAAUAAUAAAACAACAAUUAUUGGACGACCAUUAAUUCGAAAAAUGCAACAUGUUAUUGAAAAAGUUCAAAAACGUAAAUUACGAUCAAGACGUCAUCAAAAUCAACAAUCUUCUUUUGAAUUGACCUCAGAUUCAUUUACUAUCAUUUAUAAACCAAAUAUUGCUCAAUUCGAUGAUAGUGAAACAAAUUUUCGUACUGUUCUCUAUGUACCACAGUUCGCAUUUUAUGUUCUAUAUUAUCCAAAAGAACAUCUCUUUAACAUUCGAUUCAAUAAUGAAAAUCGUACUCAAUUCAUUUUAUAUGCUGAUAAAUCAACUGAUCUUCUUAACUCUCGUAGUAAAUCACAAGAAUCAUCAUUCAGCAAUAAUCUAUUAUCAACUGUUAUUCUCUUUAUACAUAUAACACCAACAAUGAUAACAUGUUAUGUUAAUUGUGAAUUAACUGAUCAAGAAUUUAUUAUUGAUUCAUUAUAUGUACAAAAUAUAAUACGACAAACAAUGGAUAAAACUCUUAAUAAUCAACAAUAUGAAGAAAAACAAAUUAUGGAAUAUGAUCGUCAAUCAACGUUAAUUUUAUUUAAUAAAUCAAUUGAUCAAAUAGCAGCAAAUUUUUUUUGUUUAAAAUUAGAUAAGAAAAAUGAAGAUUUAUUACCUGAUAAAUAUGCUUUACGAAAAUUUGCCAAUGCUCUAGAUAUGUUGGUUAAUAGUCUUGAUACACCUAUAAAUAUAAAUCAUCAUCAAGAUCAAACAUCAACAACUUCUACAACAACUACACAAAGUAUUUCAGCUGUAAAUAUUCAUACUAUAGAUGGUUUUGGAAGCCUUAUAGCUCCUUCAUUAAAUACAGAUAUGAAUACAAUAUCAAAUGAUAUUAGUGAAUAUGAUAAAGCAUGUCUUACUGAUCAAGAUUGUAAUUCAAAUAAUUCACAUUUAAAAUGUCAAAAUAAACAUUGUGCAUGUUCAACACGUUAUUUUUGGUCACCAAUUGUACGUCGUUGUAUAUCAUGUAAAGAUCUAUCAAUUGGUAAUCGUUGUUUUCGUUUAUCAAAUCAUAAAUCAACAUGGUAUGAAGCAAAUGAAUAUUGUCAAGAUGAAAAUUCAUCAGAUGAUCAACAAGAAUAUACAAUGAAAUUAGCAUCAAAUCUUAAUCGUACUGAUAUUGAAUUACUUCGACAAAGUCUUUUAAAUGAAGAUGAUGGAGAACAAUUAGAUUAUUUUUAUUGGAUUGGUUCAACAAGUCAAUUUGAUACACGAAAAUUACAUAAACAUAACAAUCGACAUAAACGACAUGUACCAACAACAAUAUUCCGUUGGUAUGAUAAUGGUGAAACAGCACAAUUAAAUAUUCCAGAUAUAUGGUGUUCACAAAGAGAACAAAUGAAUAUAGCAACAAUUAAUAAUAAUGAAUUGUGUGUUAGUCUUACAUCAUGUGGUUUAUAUGCUGAUGAUUGUCAACGAAAUUACAGAUUUUUAUGUGAAGCUGUUUAA